AGUAAUAUUAUUCAAAGGCAAAUUAGAUGUCAAUGAGCACUAUCCAACCCACACUGAGAGAGAUUAUAUACGCAGAGAAAGUGGAAAAAAUUACAAUUGGACUUUCACUCCUUCCUGUGAAAAUGUGGGCCUUACAUCUCCUAAAAGGAUGCACACAGGUGAGAAACCACAUGAAUGCAAACAGUGUGGAAAGAGAUUCUGUCGAAGUGCUUCCCUUACUUAUCAUAGAAAGGUCCACACGGGAGAGAAGCCAUAUAAAUGCAUGGAGUGUGGAAAGAGCUUUACUUCUAGCAGUCAUCUUACUUCCCAUAAACGGAUCCACACAGGGGAGAAGCCAUAUAAGUGCACAGAGUGUGGAAAGAGGUUCGGUGGAAGUUCUUCCCUUACUUAUCAUAAAAGGAUCCACACAGGGGAGAAGCCAUAUAAAUGCAUGGAGUGUGGAAAGGACUUUACUUCUAGCAGUCAUCUUACUUCCCAUGAAUGGAUCCACACAGGGGAGAAGCCAUAUAAGUGCACGGAGUGUGGAAAGAGAUUCUGUAGAAGUACUUCCCUUACUUAUCAUAAAAGGAUCCACACAGGGGAGAAGCCAUAUAAAUGUACGGAGUGUGGAAAGAGCUUGACUACUAGCAGUCAACUUACUUACCAUAACCGGAUCCACGCAGGGGAGAAACCAUAUAAAUGCACGGAAUGUGGAAAGAGUUUUACUACUAUCAGUCCACUUAUUUCCCAUAAACGGAUCCACACAGGGGAGAAACCAUAUAAAUGCAUGGAGUGUGGAAAGGGAUUUUGUCGAAGUACUUCUCUUACUUACCAUAACCGGAUCCACGCAGGGGAAAAACCAUAUAAAUGCAUGGAGUGUGGAAAGAGCUUUAUUACUAGCAGUGACCUUACUUCUCAUAAAAGGAUCCACACAGGGGAGAAACCAUAUAAAUGCACAGAGUGUGGAAAGAGCUUUACUGCUAGUAGUCGUCUUACCUCCCAUAAAUGUGCCCACACAGUGGAGAAACCAGAGGAAUGCAAAGAAUGUGGAAAGAGAUUCUGGAAAAGUAGUUCCCUUACUUAUCAUAAAAGGAUCCACACAGGGGAGAAGCCACAUAAGUGCACAGAGUGUGCUAAGAGCUUUAGUACUAGCAGUCAACUUACUUCCCAUAAAAGGAUCCACUCAGGGGAGAAGCCAUAUAAGUGCAUGGAGUGUGGAAAGAGCUUUACUACUAGCAGUUACCUUACCUCCCAUAAACGGACCCACACAGGGGACAAACCGUAUAAAUGCAUGGAGUGUGGAAAGAGCUUUACUACUAGCAGUCAACUUAUUUCCCAUAUACAGAUCCACACAGGGGAGAAACCAUAUAAAUGCAUGGAAUGUGGAAAGAGCUUUAGUACUAGCAGUUACCUUAAUUGCCAUAAACGGAUCCACACAGGGGAGAAACCAUAUAAAUGCACAGAGUGUGGGAAGAGCUUUAGUACUAGAAGUUACCUUAUUUCGCAUAAACGGAUCCACACAGGGGAGAAGCCAUAUAAGUGCAUGGAGUGUGGAAAGAGCUUUACUGCUAGCAGUUCACUUAUUUCCCAUAAACGGAUCCACACGGGGGAGAAACCCUAUAAAUGCACGGAGUGUGGAAAGAGGUUCUGUCGAAGCACUUCCCUUACUUAUCAUAGAAAGAUCCACACUGGGGAGAAACCACCUAAGUGCACGGAGUGUGGAAAGAAUGUUACUACUAGCACUUAUCUUACUUCCUAUAAACAGAUCCAUGCAGGGGAGAAACUGUAUAAAUGCAUGGUUUGUAGAAAGAGCUUUACUACUAGCAGUCAACUUCCCAUAAACUGAUCCAAACUGGGUGGAAACCACAUGAAUGCAAAGAGUGCGGAAAGAAAUUCUGUUGAAGUGCUUCCCUUACUUCCCACAAACAGUUCAACACAGGGGAGAGAAGCCAUAUAAAUGCUUGGAGUGUGGAAAGAGUUUCUGCAAAAAUGGGAUUCUUACUGUCCACAAAAAGGUCCACACAGGGAGAAGCCACA